GCGUCAAAUAAUUGAAGAGUGGAGACAACAUUGUUUAAGAAAUGGAGAUUGGUGAGGGGAGGGAGAUUGGAAGAGAGGCUCAACAAGGAAGAGGGAGUAGAAGAGUUGCUGCAAUUAAUAUUGGCCCAGAUCAUCACACCACUCAUGUUGAUUCAAAAGAGAACAAGUUAGAUAACCAAGAUGACCCACUCAAGGAACCAGGAUGGAAAAGGUUUAUAGCCCAUGUUGGACCUGGGUUUCUUGUUUCCCUAGCUUAUCUUGAUCCUGGCAACUUGCAAACGGAUCUGCAAGCGGGAGCCAGUGACAAAUAUGAGCUUCUGUGGGUCAUACUAAUUGGGCUCGUCUUUGCGCUUAUUAUACAAUCAUUAGCAGCUAAUCUUGGAGUAACAACAGGGAGGCACCUUGCUGAACUAUGUAAGAGUGAAUAUCCCAAAUACGUGAAGUUUUGCCUAUGGUUGCUGGCUGAAGUGGCCGUGAUUGCCGCGGAUAUCCCUGAAGUGAUAGGUACAGCGUUUGCUCUCAACAUAUUGUUUCACAUCCCAGUGUGGUCGGGGGUCCUGAUCACGGGGCUCAGCACUCUCUUGCUUCUCGGAUUACAAAGAUAUGGGGUCCGAAAGCUUGAGCUCGUGAUAAGUAUGCUGGUGUUCGCCAUGGCGGCCUGCUACUUCGGAGAGAUGAGCUAUGUGAAGCCGCCUGCAGCGGAGGUGGUGAAGGGGCUUUUCAUCCCUAAGCUGAAUGGAAAUAGUGCAACCGCAGAUGCUAUUGCCCUCCUCGGCGCUCUCGUCAUGCCGCAUAAUCUGUUUUUACAUUCUGCUCUUGUUUUGUCGAGAAAGACCCCGCCGUCCGUUAAAGGAAUCAAGGAUGCGUGCAGGUAUUUCCUUCUAGAAAGCGGCUUUGCGCUGUUCGUGGCGCUGCUUAUCAACAUCGCUGUCGUCUCUGUCUCCGGCGCCGUCUGCUCAUCCAAUACCCUCUCCGCAGAGAACUCCGAUCGAUGCGGCGAUCUCACUCUCAAUUCGGCUUCUUUCUUGCUCAAGAAUGUCUUAGGAAGAUCAAGCUCAACAGUGUACGCGAUUGCGCUGCUAGCUUCUGGACAAAGCUCUACCAUAACCGGCACAUACGCGGGUCAAUUCAUCAUGCAGGGGUUCUUGGACCUUAAGAUGAAGAAGUGGUUAAGAAAUCUCAUGACGCGGUGCAUCGCGAUUACUCCUAGCCUGAUCGUCUCCCUCAUCGGCGGUUCUUCUGGAGCAGGCCGACUUAUCAUCAUCGCAUCGAUGAUACUCUCUUUUGAGCUUCCAUUUGCACUCAUCCCUCUACUAAAAUUCAGCAGUAGUCGCACCAAGAUGGGGCCACACAAGAACUCAAUCUAUAUUAUCGUGAUAUCGUGGAUUCUCGGAUUAGGCAUCAUAGGAAUCAACAUUUAUUUCUUGAGCACAAGUUUUGUAGGGUGGCUCAUCCAUAGUACACUCCCUAAGGCUGCGAAUGUAAUGAUUGGGAUGAUAGUGUUUCCUCUUAUGGCAAUAUACAUUAUUGCUAUAGUCUACCUCACAUUUAGGAAGGACACUGUCGUGACAUUUAUCGCCAAUGGUUCCGAUCCGGCACAAGUCGAGAUGGGGAAAGGGGUUCACCAAUGCAGAAACGAUCAGGACGGAAACGAGGUCGUGCCGUACCGAGAGGACCUUGCAGAUAUCCCCCUUCCCGAAUGAACUGAAACCGAACUGUACAGAUGUGCAGCAGGGCGGUGAAGGACUUGGAAAAGAAAGUGAAUAAAAUAUGUAAUAUCGUGUUAACUGGUUUGUCGAUUACUAUUCUGAACAAACUUUGAAUGUUUUCUUAUAUAUGUAAAAAAUAGUUAUAGCAGUUUCUUCUCUUUAUUUCUUUCCUCUUUGGAGAAAAUAGGGCGAAAAAACUCUAUUUCCAUUACAUGUUGAUAAAAUAAAAGGUUGUGUUUUGUGAAAUUAAUUUACGCGGUCCUAUUUCAUGGACCGUAACAACCA